UUGUCUACGACUAAAAAGCUUUCUUCUUUUAUGCAUGCAAAUGAAGUAGUCGGCACCAAGACUUUGAGUUUUGCUUUUCGUGGGGAUUGUUUUGGUAACACUAGAAAGACUGAUUUGUUUCCCUUUUUUGUUCGUGUUGUGGUCCGUUGCGACAACUUGGCGAUUUUUUUGAGAUAGCUUACAGCGAGAAGUGAAUCAAGUAGAAGAUUAAAGAUCCGGCGAAUGAGGUACACGUGUCAAAAUAGUAAAUCCCAUGUCACAAUCUCCGGCGGGGAUGGUGGCACUGAGAGGAAGGGUGGUAAUUUGUGGGGUGAAGAUAAGAAAGAAGCGAAGAAGAUAGAAGAAUUGUUUGGUGCAAAAGCUAACGAUUGUGAUGAGUCAAAGGAAGAGUCUUUGUCGUUAACAUCUCUGAGAAAUGAUGUUGUUUUGGAAGAUGACUUUGUUUCGUCUUAUGGAUCAGCUUCGGUUAUAGGGAGGAGGAAAGAGAUGGAGGAUACAAUGAAGGUGGAGUUGGGGUUUUUGAGUUUUAAUGGAGGUGAAAAGAAGUAUGAUUUUUUUGGUGUUUAUGAUGGACAUGGUGGGGCUCUUGUGGCAGAGGCUUGUAAAGAGAGGUUGCAUGGAGUUAUUGUGGAGGAGAUAAUGGAGAGAAAGCUCGGAAAGAAAGGGGUUAGUGGUGUGGAGUGGGAGGAGUUGAUGGAAGAUUGUUUUAGGAGGAUGGAUGAGGAGGUGGUGAAGAAUAAGAUGAUUGGGUCCACGGCGGUUGUUGCGGUGGUUGGGAAGGACGAGGUUGUGGUAGCUAAUUGUGGGGACUCCAGAGCUGUGAUUUGUAAAAAUGGGGUCGCUGCUCCAUUGUCUGUUGAUCAUAAGCCCGACAGACCUGAUGAGUUGGAGAGGGUUGAGGCGGCAGGUGGAAGGGUUAUAAACUGGAAUGGACACCGGAUUCUUGGAGUUCUUGCCACUUCUAGAUCCAUAGGCGAUGAGUAUCUCAAACCAUUUGUAUCAUCCAAACCAGAUGUCACCGUGAUUGAACGAACCGAAGAUGAUGAAUUCCUCAUCCUAGCCAGCGAUGGCCUCUGGGAUGUCAUCGCCAACGAACUCGCAUGCCGGGUCACAAAGAGGUGUCUAAGUGGCCGGAUGAGGAGGAGGGAGUCACAGGGAGUCGUGAGCGAGAGUUGUCGCGCAGCUGAGGCAGCGGCAGUGCUAACCGAGCUUGCAAUGGCUCGGGGUAGUAAAGAUAACAUCACUGUGAUCGUUGUCGAGCUAAAGAAGCGCAGCAGCAUUUCCUGUUAAUAUAGAGUAUUUAACAUACGUAUGCGUACAGUAUAGUACCUGUUUAUAUUUAUAUUUUUUUCGUUGUAUUUGACUUUGAAAUACUAUUACUAGAUCUAGAUGGAUCGUAAACUUUCUGCUUCAA